CCUACUGUAAACAGUUAAUCGAAUGUCACUUUCCACCCUAAAUCCGUGCCUACCAUAAACGACAGACACGAUGACGUCAGCGUCGAAACAUUGAACUAAACAAGCCAUUUUCACAUGCGUAAUGCUCCCCCGGAGUGCUUAACCUUGCAAAGACAUUUUGCAGGAGUCACUGUGAUUCAAAGCCAGGGCGAGUUUUUGUUCUUUUCUCGUUUUAAUUCGUGGACCAGCCCUUUCUGCAGAGCGUGUCACCCGCAUUACCCAGCCUCCGAACAGCAUGUCCGCGAAGCCCAGGGAGGAGCCCGGUUCGGAGGGGAGAUGGUUUGCGGAGGAUUUCGAGACGAUCGGACGCGUCGACAGCCCCGUGCCUCGUUUUGAUGAGCCCGGGGAUGUGCCACAGUUAAAAAGCUGGGAGGACAAGACCUUUGCGGAGAAACAAUUUUACCACCAACCUGACAGCGAUCGGAAACGGCCUCCCGUUGCCAUGGAAACUGCAUCUACAGGUGGCACAGCUUCAGAUCUGCUGAGCAAGUCCUCAGGUGAGGGAGACCUGUACACCUCGCUUCUCUCUAGCCAGACCUACUCCUUCCAGCAGGACACGCCCUCUUUUGCCAAGGACCCCGCCCACCUGGCCGGCCCACCCCCAAGCCGGGAGCCCCAGGGCAUGUUCAGCUCUGACUCAGGCAUUGGGAUGACCCCUGGCGAGGGCAUCGACUUCACCAAGAACCUGCUGGAGUCGGAGAAGAUGGAGGCCUACAACUACAUGGACAUCAGCCAUGGCGAGAAGCCCCGCAUCCCGCCGCAGCAGCAGGGCCUGGACAGCUGGGGCAGGACGGGCCUGGACUCCUUCCCCAGCCUGGGCCAGUACCUGGAGAAGAGUGCCCCAGCCGCAGCGGGGGACCUGGGCCCGGCACUAGAGGAGCAGGCCUGCCCCUAUGUGGAGGACCCCUCGGAUGAGGAGCUCUCCGACCAGCAGCCCUACCGCCCCCAGGCCACACCGCAGGCAGCCAGCCCUGUCAAGAUCACCCUGACAGAGAGCACUGGCGGCGAGUCCCUGCAGCACCCCCACCAUGUUGCCGUGUCCGACAGGGAGAGCAUUCUCAGUCUGGGCCUGCAGGGCGUGCCCACCGUCACCCUCUCCGAACCUGAGGACGACAGCCCGGGGUCCCUGACCCCGCCUCUCACAGAGGAGUCUGACUCCCCGUCUGAACCCCUGUUCCAGACUAACAGGGCAGGUCCUGUGAGUUCCCCCAGGGAUCAGGUUUCUGCCACGGCCCCGCCCCUGGCCAGUGCCCCCACACACCCCAGCCCCCCAUCAGAAAAAGGGGUCAAGAUCCCCGACACGCCGGCCCCCAGCAAAAUGGCCGCCUCUCAGGACCAAGACGGCAGCAGCGCAGAGUCUGGCGACUCCGAGAUCGAGCUGGUGUCCGAGGAGCCGCCGCCCCGCAAGCAGCCCCCCAGUGCUGGCUACAUGAGCUUUGGGCUGGCGGGUAGCCCCUCCCCUGCAGCCCCCGCCCCCCCAGCACCCCCCGCCCCAUCCAUCCAGUACAGCAUCCUGCGCGAGGAGAGGGAGGCGGAGCUGGACAGCGAGCUCAUCAUCGAGUCCUUCGACGCCUCGUCCGCCUCUGAGGAGAGCCCCAAGCGGGGUCUCGACUCCCCCGCCCAGAAAGGCCCGAAGACGGGCUCCCAGCCAGCUGACGCCCCCUCUGUCUCCGCUUCCCACGCCUCCCCCUCUCCCCUGGCGGCUGCACCCCCAGCCACAGCUCCAGUCAGCAUGCAGAAAGAGAAGAGUCAGGUCUCCGGGCACGUGGGGGAGGACCCCACCGCCAGGCCCAAGCCUCUGCCUGCUGCAGUGGUGCCCCCAGAGGUGCGACUGGAGCAGCCGGCCCCCGAGGAGAAGGCGGGGCUGAAGGGACGCGCCAGCGAGGCCAAGGGGGACGCGGACCAACAGGCUGCCCUGCCCGCCCUCCUGCAGGGCCUCAACAGACAGAGAGCGAUGGACCUGCUGUACUGGCGGGAUGUGAAGCAGACGGGCGCGGUGCUGGGCAGCCUGCUGCUCCUCCUCUUCUCCCUCACCCAGUUCAGCGUGGUCAGCGUGGUGGCUUACCUCGCCCUCGCCGCCCUCUCUGCCACCAUCAGCUUCAGAGUCUACAAGUCUGUGCUGCAGGCCGUGCAGAAGACUGACGAGGGACACCCCUUCAAGUCUUACCUGGAGUCUGAGAUCUGCCUGUCCCAGGAACAGAUGCAGAAUUAUGCUGAGAAGACCCAGUACUACAUCAACAGCACCCUGAAAGAACUGCGCAAACUGUUCCUAGUACAGGACUUGGUGGACUCUCUAAAGUUUGCAGUGCUGAUGUGGCUGUUGACAUAUGUGGGCGCACUCUUCAAUGGCCUGACCCUGCUCAUCCUGGCCGUAGUGUCCAUGUUCUCAGUGCCUGUGGUCUAUGAGAAAUACCAGACGCAGAUUGAUCAGUACCUGGGGUUGGUGAGGACUCAUGUCAGCUGUGUGGUGGCCAAGAUCCAGGAGAAGGUGCCUGGAGCCAAGCGGAAGGCGGAGUAGCCCUGCGCCCGGUAGCCAGGCAAUGGCCCCACGCAGGGAGAGCGAGAUGAUGGCUGGCGGACCCCCCACACGUUACCGGAGAGUAGAGCCGCGGCAUCACCGCGGCAACCCAGCACCCAGAGAAGCCCCCGCCCACUGCCCCGCGUCUGUAGACUAAAACUUGCUAAGUCACUUUGUCUCAACCACUAGAGUCUAGUGAGGAAACUCAAGUUUAAAAAAAAUUAAUAAAAAAGAACUUAGGUGUGUUUCUUUUGUGUGUUGCUUAUCAAGUGCAUGGAGUCAAGAGUCUUGAGUAAGAAAUAAUAUUUGAUAUCUUUCUAAGUGUUUUUUUUCCUCUUUCUGCUACCUUUUUCAGCAGCGCGGAUGACUUUGCUGUAAUGUGUGGUGAAUUCUCCAGCUUUAGCGCUCUACUGUGGUAGUCUAUGCCUCUACUAGUUACUGGGUUGUGGGUGGGGCUUCUUGCUUCCCAGUGUAACUGUAAACAUAUACAUAUACACUGUAUAUAUAAAUAUCAAAUAGACUUGUGGACUAAUGUUUUUUGUGUGUUUUCUGGCACAAAAUAAUUUAACAUGUACUGAUUAGAUGCAUUAAAAGCAGCAGUUUUGGUUUUGUAUUACUAUAAGGAGAAACACAAACUUGUGUUUUUAGGUACUGUUGUUGACUAUUAAAAAGACGCUGAGGAAUCUCUGGUGCGUUACUUUCAGCCAGUUGAACCUGUGCUAUGUUUAUUGUAGUUCUUCUUAGUCUUGGACUCGACUAUCUGCACUGAUCUUGUGCUCAUUAAUGAAUGCAAAAUAAAUGUUC